AAGAAGAUAUCCAUCCCCCAUCGCCUGUCUCCUCCUCCAACACCGAUUCACCAGUUACCAGUAAAACCACAUGGCUAAAAAGCUUUCGCGACUGCGUGGAAUGUUCUCAAGCGGUAACGUCACGUCUAGGGUUUUCGAACGUCAGAUUCGCUCAUCUCCUCCCGGCGCUUCCGUGAAUCGUGCUAGAAAAUUCUACGAGAACCUAGUCCCGAGCCACACACUCUACGAUGUCGAGUGCCCCGACCACUGCUUCCGCAAAUUCACCGAAGACGGACUCUUCCUCAUCAGCUUCACCCGUAACCACCAAGAACUCGUCGUCUACCGUCCCUCCUGGCUCACCUACUCCUCCUCAACCGAUUCCUCCUCCCUCCCUCGCCGCGCCUCCCGCUUCGACAGCUUCUUCACUCACCUCUACUCCGUCAACCUCGCCUCCGCCAACGAGCUCAUCUGCAAAGACUUCUUCCUCUACUUCCCCUCCCAACGAUUCGGCCUCUUCGCCACCUCCACCGCUCAGAUCCACGACUCCGCUCCUUCCCCCGGCGCCGUUCCCGGCGUUCCCUCCAUCGAUAAGAUCACCUUCGUCUUGCUUCGGUUGGACGACGGUGUGGUGUUAGAUGAGAGGGUGUUUCUUCAUGAUUUCGUUAAUUUGGCUUAUAACAUGGGCGUCUUCCUCUACGAUGACCUUCUCGCGAUUCUUUCGUUGCGGUUUCAGAAGAUCCAUCUUCUUCAGAUUAGGGAUUCCGGUCAUCUCGUUGACGCUCGUGCCAUUGGAUACUUUUGUCGCGAAGAUGAUGAGCUUUUCCUCAAUUCUAGUUCUCAGGCGAUGAUGACGACCAGGACGAGUCAAGAUAAGAACAAGCAGCAGAGCAGGGAAGAGGAUGCGGAGAAUAAUGGUUUGCAGCACCGUAGUAGCCAACAACCAAAUGCUUCUGAUAAUUCUUUUCUUAGUGGCAUCAAGCAACGGCUGCUUUCUUUCAUCUUCAGAGAGAUUUGGAACGAAGAAUCCGAUAACACCAUGAGAGUUCAAAGCCUGAAGAAGAAGUUCUAUUUCCAUUUCCAGGAUUAUGUGGACUUGAUUAUCUGGAAGGUUCAGUUCUUGGAUCGACACCACCUGUUAAUCAAAUUUGGCAGUGUAGAUGGUGGGGUAGGGAGAAAUGCUGAUCAUCUUCCAGCUUUCUUUGCGGUGUAUAAUAUGGAAACAACCGACAUUGUAGCAUUCUAUCAGAACUCAGCAGAAGAUCUUUACCAGCUAUUUGAGCAGUUCAGUGAUCACUUUACUGUAUCAAGUAGUUCGCCGUUCAUGAACUUUGUAACAUCCCAUUCUAACAGCGUCCAUGCUCUUGAACAACUAAAGUACUUGAAGAACAAAUCAAACAGUUUUUCUCAGUUUGUGAAGAAGAUGUUGGUCUCUUUGCCUUUCAGUUGUCAGUCACAGAGUCCUUCCCCAUACUUCGACCAAUCUCUCUUCCGGUUUGAUGAAAAGUUAAUAUCUGCGGCAGAUAGGCAUAGACAAUCCUCGGACAAUCCAAUCAAGUUUAUAUCUCGAAGGAAACCGGAAACGUUGAAAUUCAAAAUAAAACCAGGACCAGAGUGUGGAAGUGCAGAUGGUCGGAGCAAGAAGAUAUGUUCAUUCCUCUUCCAUCCACAUUUACCACUUGCCAUCUCUAUUCAACAAACACUUUUCAUGCCUCCCUCUGUCGUCAAUAUCCAUUUUCGGCGAUGACACUCUUUUUGUUUCCAUCAUGUUGUGUAAUCUAUUGUUUGUAAAAGAAAAAAAAAACGAAAAACACAUGUCUGUAUCUGAUCAUAAAAAGGAAGAAACGUAUAUACAUUGUUACGAUGGAAUAAUAAAUAAUUGGAAUUUUGACCGAUA